AGCUACACGCAGCAAUCUCAACAACAAGAAAUCAGACUUUCGGCUCCACGUCAAAUCCUCCAUCUCCACGUUCGGAUUCCCCACCACCAAGGGACGAACCCCGAUUACCCCAGUCAACGACCCCACGGGGUAACUACCGGCAUGGAUAGACUGCAUAUGAAGCCGGGUCAUCUUCUCCUCUACUUCUUCAUAUACAGGGGUUCAUGGGAGAUAGCAUUUCAUGGCCAAGAUGUAUGACAAAGACAUCAAUGCAACACACCAUGAACUUGCCAAGCCAAAGGCAGGACAACAGAACCCAACGGGCACAGUCAAGCUAGUUGAGGAUGGCGAGGUAAUGUUGAUUCCUACACCGUCGCCGGAUCCAAGAGAUCCAUUGAAUUUCCCACAAUGGCAGAAAUGGGCAAUCACGUUUGUGUUGGGGAUGUUCUCCGUAUUAGGCGUCCUCAUGACCUCAGGCAUGGGCCCCUUCGUAUCCAUCAUGAUGGCCUAUUACGACUAUAACCCGCACACCGACGAUCUGAUGACCUACCCGACGCUGUUCAUGGGGAUCGGGAAUCUGAUUACCAUGCCAUUGGCGAUGGCUGUGGGACGGCGUCCGGUGUUCCUGGUCUCGGCGCUGAUUCUGACCGUGGGGUCUAUCUGGUGUGCGGCGAGUGGGAGCUUGUCGUCGCAUAUUGCGGGGAGAGAUGUGCUCUCGUUGGCAGCGGGGCAGUCGGAGGCGCUGUGUCCGCUUAUUAUCCAAGAGAUUCACUUCGUCCACGAGCGCAGCAGUCGUCUAGCCUGGUUCAGCGCCAUCCAGUCCAUUGGCACAGCUGCCCUAACAAUCGCCACAUCCUACCUGGUUAGCCGUCUAGGAUGGAGAUGGUGGUACGGCGUAUUCGCUAUAGCUAGCGGGGUCGUCUUCAUUGCAGCCUUUUUGCUAGUGCCCGAGUCACGGUAUGAGCGGCCAACUGACGCAUUCGAGGGAGAGGUCCACGUUCACCACGAGGGCGAGGAGCAAGUCAUCGUGCAUGCUACGACCAAGAACCGGGUCCCGUUGGACUUCACCCACUACAAAGCCCGUACAUGGCGACACAGUCUAGCCAUAUUCCACGGUCCCGCAAACUGGUUCGAAGCUCUGACAUGCUGGAAACAAAUGGCACAAUGUAUCCUCUUCCCCAAUAUCCUUUGGGUCGUCUUAAUGAACAGCGUCGCCCUCGGAAUCUACGUCAUCGGAGUCACCGAAUUCUCCUCCCUCCUCGGUGCACCACCCUACAACUAUUCGACAACAAGUCUAGGCCUAGUCCAAGGUGGCCAAAUUGUCGUAUCCAUGAUCAUGGUCCCAGUGCUCGGCUACGGCGGCGACCAGUUAUACAAAUACGUAGCCCGACGACGCAACGGCAUGGUCGAAUCCGAAAUCCGUCUUCUCCCAAUGUUCCUCCCCAUCGUCGUGCUCCUCAUCUCCUGCGUGAUCUUCGGUCGAGCAGGCUCCCACCCCACGCACUGGUCCCCAUGGGCCAUUAUCACAACCUUCAACGGCAUGUACUUUGCCUAUAUUGGUAUCGUGCUUAGCGGAUUCACCUACUCGCUGGAUAGUUAUGGGGAGCGCGCGGCACCCAUUCUAGUCUUAAUCUGUGCUAUUCGAGGACUGAUUUCCUUUGGGAUCUCAUUUGGGAUUACUAAAUUCGUUACCGAGAAGGGAUUCCAGGGCGCGUUGGACAUUUGUGCUAUUAUUGCGGGGGUGGUGGCUGCUUUAGGGAUUCCGGUGUUUGUGUUUGGGCCGUGGAUGAGGAGAGUGACCAUGAGGUAUGCCGUUGAUGGGAGGAGUGCAGAGUUUUGA